AUGGUGGAAGACUACCUUACUGUGCUUACCAAAGAAGAGUUCGUACGUCUUCAGAAUGGACGGCAAAAGAUUUUGGCUGAGGAAUUGUAUUCUGAGGAGAAGGAAGGAAAGGGGAGUGCCCCAAGUUCUUUAACCAAAGACAUUUGUUCCAAAUGGGUAUUCUUUCCAAAAGUAUUCUUUCCAAAAGUAUUCUUCCCAAAACUAUUCUUCCCAAAAGUAUUCUUUCCAAAAGUAUUCUUUCCAAAGAAAAGAUUCUUCCCAAAAGUAUUCUUCCCAAAAGUCUUCCAAAAGUAUUUCAAAAAGUAUUCUUUCCAAAGUAUUCUUUCCAAAAGCUUUCCAAAAGUAUUCUUUCCAAAAGUAAAAAAAAAGUAUUCUUUCCAAAAGUAUUCUUCCCAAAACUUUCCAAAAAUUCUUCCCAAAAGCUUUCAAAAGUAUUCUUCCCAAAAGUAUUCUUCCCAAAAGUAUUCUUCCCAAAAGUAUUCUUUCCCAAAAGUAUUCUUCCCAAAAGUAUUCUUCCCAAAAGUAUUCUUCCCAAAAGUAUUCUUUCCAAAAGUAUUCUUUCCAAAAGUAUUCUUCCCAAAAGUAUUCUUCCCAAAAGUAUUCUUCCAAAAGUAUUCUUCCAAAAGUAUUCUUCCCAAAAGUAUUCUUUCCAAAAGUAUUCUUCCCUUUCCAAAAGUAUUCUUCCCCAAAGUAUUCUUUCCAAAGUAUUCUUCCAAAAGUAUUCUUCCCAAAAGUAUUCUUUAUUCCCAAAAGUAUUCUUUCCAAAAGUAUUCUUCCCAAAAAGUAUUCUUCCCAAAAGUAUUCUUCCCAAAAGUAUUCUUCCAAAAGUAUUCUUCCCAAAAAGUUUUCUUUUUCAAAAGUAAAAGUUCUUCCCAAAGUAUUCCAAAAGUAUUCUCCCCAAAAGUUUUCUUUCCAAAAGUAUUCUUCCCAAAAGUAUUCUUCCCAAAAGUAUUCUUCCCAAAAGUUUUCUUUCCAAAAGUAUUCUUCCCAAAAGUAUUCUUCCCAAAAGUAUUCCCAAAGUAUUUUCUUCCAAAAAGUAUUCUUCCCAAAAGUAUUCUUCCCAAAAGUAUUCUUUCCAAAAGUAUUCUUUCCAAAAGUAUUCUUCCCAAAAGUAUUCUUUCCAAAAGUAUUCUUUCCAAAAGUAUUCUUCCCAAAAGUAUUCUUCCCAAAAGUAUUCUUUCCAAAAGUAUUCUUCCCAAAAGUAUUCUUCCCAAAAGUAUUCUUUCCAAAAGUAUUCUUCCCAAAGUCCAAAAGUAUUCUUUAUUCUUCCCAAAAGUAUUCUUCCCAAAAGUAUUCUUUCCAAAAGUAUUCUUCCCAAAAGUAUUCUUUCCAAAAGUAUUCUUUCCAAAAGUAUUCUUCCCAAAAGUAUUCUUCCCAAAAGUAUUCUUCCCAAAAGUAUUCUUCCCAAAAGUAUUCUUCCCAAAAGUAUUCUUCCCAAAAGUAUUCUUCCCAAAAGUAUUCUUCCCAAAAGUAUUCUUCCCAAAAGUAUUCUUUCCAAAAGUAUUCUUCCCAAAAGUAUUCUUCCAAAAGUUUUCCAAAAGUAUUCUUCCCAAAAAGUAUUCUUUCCCAAAAGUAUUCUUCCCAAAAGUAUUCUUUCCCAAAAGUAUUCUUCCCAAAAGUAUUCUUCCUUCCCAAAGUAUUCUUCUUUCCCAAAAGUAUUCUUUAUUCCCCAAAAGUAUUCUUCCCAAAAGUAUUCUUUCCAAAAGUAUUCUUCCCCAAAAGUAUUCUUCCCAAAAGUAUUCUUUUUCAAAAGUAUUCUUCCUAAAAGUAUUCUUUUCAAAAGUAUUCUUCCCAAAAGUAUUCUUCCCAAAAAAGUAUUCUUCCCAUUUUCCAAAGUUUCUUCCCAAAAGUAUUCUUCCCAAAAGUAUUCUUCCCAAAAGUAUUCUUCCCAAAAGUAUUCUUUCCAAAAGUAUUCUUCCAAAAGUAUUCUUCCCAAAAGUAUUCUUCCCAAAAGUAUUCUUCCCAAAAGUAUUCUUCCAAAAAGUAAAAAGUUUUCUUUUCCAAAGUAUUCUUCCAAAAGUAUUCUUCCCAAAAGUUCUUCCCAAAAAGUAUUCUUCCCAAAAGUAUUCUUCCAAAAAGUAUUCUUUCCAAAAGUAUUCUUCCAAAAAGUAUUCUUCCCAAAAGUAUUCUUUCCAAAAGUAUUCUUCCCCAAGUAUUCUUCCCAAAAGUAUUCUUUCCAAAAGUAUUUUCUUUCCCAAAAGUAUUCUUCCCAAAAGUAUUCUUCCAAAAGUAUUCUUUCUUCCCAAAAGUAUUCUUCCCAAAAGUAUUCUUCCCAAAAGUAUUCUUCCCAAAAGUAUUCUUCCCAAAAGUAUUCUUUCCAAAAGUAUUCUUUCCAAAAGUAUUCUUUCCAAAAGUAUUCUUCCCAAAAGUAUUCUUCCCAAAAGUAUUCUUCCCAAAAGUAUUCUUUCCAAAAGUAUUCUUCCCAAAAGUAUUCUUUCAAAAGUAUUCUUCUUUCUUUCAAAAAGUAUUCUUCCAAAAGUAUUCUUUUCCAAAAGUAUUCUUUCAAAAGUAUUCCAAAAGUAUUUCUUUUUCCAAAAAGUAUUCUUCCCAAAAGUAUUCUUCCCAAAAGUAUUCUUCCCAAAAGUAUUCUUCCCAAAAAGUAUUCUUUCAAAAGUAUUCUUCCCAAAAGUAUUCUUUCCAAAGUUUCCCCAAAGUAAAAAGUAUUCUUCCCAAAAGUAUUCUUCCCAAAAAAAAUUCUUUCCAAAAGUAUUCUUCCCAAAAGUAUUUUCUUUCCAAAAGUAUUCUUCCCAAAAGUAUUCUUCCCAAAAGUCUUCCCAAAAGUAUUCUUCUUUCUUCCCAAAAGUAUUCUUCCCAAAGUAUUCUUCCCAAAAAGUAUUCUUCCCAAAAGUAUUCUUCCCCAAAGUAUUCUUCCCAAAAGUAUUCUUCCCAAAAGUAUUCUUCCAAAAAGUAUUCUUUCCAAAAGUAUUCUUUCCAAAAGUAUUCUUCCAAAAGUAUUCUUUCCAAAAAGUAUUCUUCCCAAAAGUAUUCUUUCAAAGUAUUCUUUCCAAAAGUAUUCUUCCCAAAAGGAAAAGUAUUCUUCCCAAAAAAAGUAUUCUUGUAUUCUUUCCAAAAGCUUCCCAAAGUUCUUCCCAAAAUUCUUCCAAAAGUAUUAAAAGCACUUCCCAAAAGUAUUCUUUCCAAAAGUUUCCCAAAAGUAAAAGUAUUCUUCCCAAAAGUAUUCUUCCAAAAGUAUUCUUCCCAAAAGUAUUCUUCCCAAAAAUAUUCCCAAAAGUUUCUUCCCAAAAGUAUUCUUUCCAAAAGUAUUCUUCCCAAAAGUUUCUUCCCAAAAGUUUUCUUUCCAAAAGUUUUCUUUCCAAAAGUAUUCUUCCCAAAAAAGUAUUCUUUCCAAAAGUUUUUCUUCCCAAAAGUUUUCUUUCCAAAAGUAUUCUUCCCAGUAUUCUUUCCAAAAAACCCAAAGUAUUCUUUCCCAAAAGUAUUCUUCCCAAAAGUAUUCUUCCCAAAAGUAUUCUUCCCAAAAGUUUUCUUUCAAAAGUAUUCUUCCCAAAAGUAUUCUUCCCAAAAGUUUCUUUCCAAAAGUUUCUUCCCUAA